AUGAGUAUGAUUCGCCAUCUGGGGCUUUCAGUUGUGCGAACAGCAGCGAUACAGAGGUAUGCUCGGGUUUGGCUCGAAACUCCACCGACAAGGGGGAUUGUUCACAGAGUGAAGAAUUACGACAAGAGAGAUAUUGAGGCAAGCGCACUUCGACCCGACAGCGACACUGAGCAAUGCUUAAUUGAGCUUUCUUCGACUGAAGAUGCCGACGAUGCUUGGGAGAUGGGCCAUUUCACGCAAGGCAAAUACGCCUUGGACAGCUGGCGAAUCUUCUGUCGGGACGAGCUUUUGGGACGGGCCGACGACUGGAACGGCAAGGGCGCAGCGCCCAAUUUCCAACCCGAGUGGAUGAGAGUGCGACCCGAUGACAAGGAGCUUCGGGCGUGUCUCCGAUGGAUGUGGAUGCGUGAAGGAUGGGAAUGGGAUCCUGUCACGGGCGAGAAGACAGUUCUUCGAGACGAGAUGCGAAGGGCUGUGGAUGAAGAGCGCGUGGGAUAUGAUGAUACGGGAGGUUUGAAGAUUCUUGACGAGCCACGAUGA